AAGAGACUUGCGCCACCAGCAACGGUGCACCAGCCCAAACACGCGUGCGCCCGAACAUGAAUAAAAUCGUGCUGUUUUCUCUGGUAUCCUUGGCCGCGGCCAAGCCGGUGAUCGUGAAUCAAGACGAUGGGCACUACGCGAUGCAAAUAUUCGCUUCAUAUCCGAUUGAUCGGUCUGACCAAGAGAGCCUCGGCACUUCCGGCGGCGGUGGCGGUGGCUACGGCGGCGGUGGCGGCGGUGGCUACGGCAGUAGUUACGGGGAUGGAAAUUUCGGCGGCGGUCACAGUGGAGGAGGUUUCGAUGCUGGUGUCGGUGGACACUUAGAAUCCUCUGGCGGUCAAUUUGACGGAGGUCAUCAGGAUUUCUCGUCGAUCGGUGGCGGUCACGGUGGUGGAUUUGAUGGUGGUUACGGUGGUGACGAUGGUGGUCACGGGAUCUCUCUGGACGGCGGGCACAAUCAAGUUCACAGUGUUCCCGUCUCCGAGCACAUUGAAGUGACGAAGCCUGUAGCCGUGCCCGUCUACAAACACGUCGGUGUUCCGGUACCCAAAUCAGUGCCGAUAGCCGUGCCACAUCCAAUCGCGGUUGGCGUUCCGCAACCUUAUCCCGUGCACGUGCCCGUACCAAAGCACAUUCCCAUACAAAUCGUGAAGACGGUGGCGAUCCCGGUGGAGAAGAAGGUCCCUUAUCCUGUGGAGAAGCACAUACCGAUACCCAUUGAGAAGCCGGUUCCCAUUACGAUCGAGAAGCACAUUCCCGUCCCGGUCGUGAAGCCGUAUCCCAUUAAAAUUCCCGUGUACAAAACCAUUUACCAUCACGCGAAGAAGGGCCAUUAGGAGCAUGCCCGAGGAGAGAGCCUGUGGGUCCUCAUGGCGAGGAGAAGAGGAACGCGAUACCUUAGUCUAAAAGUGACCCUUAUCCGACCCACGAGUGAAUUUCGUAGAUUGAUCUUAGAUAUGUUCAGAGAUCGUCAGAUGGCUAAUUUAUUAGGCCACUUUGAAACAUUUCGAUUCUGAAUCACCUGAUUUGAAAUCUUGGGGAAAUAACUACGCGCGCUUGAAUAUUUUACCGAGACACUAGGAUUAUUUCGGGUCCGAUUUAAUCGUACGCACCAGCUUCAUUUCAAUCUUACGCAAUAGUAUAUGUUACCACCGUGAUAAAAGUCGGUGUGCAAGGACCGAUCAACUCGCGUCGAAAUGAGGGACUAACACUUUCCAUCAUUGUAAUUUGUAAACGCAGCGCUAUUCCGCUGCCGAUAAGGAGAAAGUUCACGAAAAAGCGUUCACGUUCGUUCCGAUGAUCGCAUGCUUGUCGACUGCGAUUUGUUUUACUGUUUUUGUAUAUAAUAGAUAACCGCAUCAAGAGUGUCGAUAUAAACAGCGCAUUGAUGAGUUAGCUUUUUUAAAUGUUUUUGUUCUCGUUUUUAAAUAAAAUGCCUACAAAACCACAUGUUUCUUUCU